AUUUGAUGAUAGGUAUUGGUACACAAACUUCUAAUAAUAGUUUUUUGUAUUAUUUUAGAAGCAAAUGAGUUAACUUUCUCAGAAACCAACGAAACUAGAAAUUUUGAUUCACUUAUCAACAUUAACCGACAAAUAAUGAGCACUAUAACAUGCGACGCUGCUCAUGUUGCCCCUAAAAUGGAAUUGCCGAAAAUAAAACCAUACACUGAACCACAGUUGGCGGCAUUGUACACAAACACGGAACUUUUGACUUUAGAAGAGUUUACAAAUCAAUAUGUAGAAGCCGAAUUAAAGGGUUUGGCUGUAAAACACCACCAUUUGUAUGACUUGUUGAUGAAUUAUUUGCAUGUAAGAGAGAAAAUUACUGGGAAUAAUUUGGAGUUGCAGCAAUUUAGAAAGGAGUAUAAGGAUUUACAGAGUGAACUGUGGAGUGUUUAUUCGGCUGAAGUGACUGGAAGAGCCGAAUGUCAAGAUGGAGCUAUUGUAACGGCUUCUCAUAGUUAUAAUAAGAGUAUUUUUCACAGGAAUGUCUUUCAAACUGUAGUUAGGUUGUUGGGGAAUAUACAGAGGCUUACUUAUGAAAAUCAUGUUUUGUACUCGUAUUCAGCUGAAGAUUUAAAGUUACAGAUUGAGUUAUUCCUGCAAAGCGUCAUAACUAAUUGUAUGAACGUCACGCAAUUAAAUAGAGACGCUAAAGUCGCUCUAACAAUGCAGGCUGAACCAAUGCACCUGAAACCCUACCUUGGGGAACUCCGGCUGUGCAUUUCCGUGCUAUUUUCGUUCCAGAGGAAGUUAAUAAGGGAUAAAAAGUUUCUUAAGGAGACUAGAGAGUGGCUGGGGAGGUUGGUGGGGAUUUUGUUAAGGGUUGCCAACUAUCAGGACCAUCUGUUUAUUUUGAAUCAUAUUUUGAGGUGUCCUUCAGGUGUAGGGAAUUGGGCAUCAAAUUUCGUCCAAUUACCAUUACAGGAAAUCCCAGUGGGGGAAUCCCCGUUUUCAAACUACCAAAUAAAUCAUUUGGUAACGAUAUUAGCGUCCAUUUUGAUGCCAAUAAAAGAACGAGAAAAGUUUCUGGAAGAUAUUGCUCAGGGUUCAGACACAGCCACAGAGGCGCUGUGGGUGAUGGUGGACUCGGAAGGUGAGGAAGACGAAGAAACAUCCGGCACUUCCCUGCGCGAAAACGACCUUGUGGCACUCCUCAACCAGCUGCCACUCGAUAACAUGUUCAGAUCGUUGCUGCUGAUACAAAAAAGAAACUUAAAGGACUGCUACGACGCUUCGCUUCUUUCCGAGCACCACAUCCUGCGCUUCUUCUCUUUCUCCACGACGCUCCUGAAGAUAUUCCACCGCGGUUUGGACACGUACCGCCAGGCGCGCUACAAUCAGUUCUCGAAGCGGCUCAGCCGCUUCAUACGUCACGUGACGCAGUACGCGACCGACCAAUGGGAGCAGUUCCUGGCCACCCAGGACGGCUCCGACGCGGCCAUGGUUGCCAAGUUGCAGGUCGAGUACGACGCCUUCUUCCUCAGGGCGAUUUUCUAUCUGUACUCCUCGCAAAAGUUGGGGGCGUGGCAGUUUUUGGCCGUGGUGCCCUACCAUCUAGUUACCGUCGGGACUCUGUGGAAGAUCUUUUAUUUUCUGCACAGCAGCGACAGCGUGGCGAAGGAUAUUUUGAGCCCCUUGGACGAUAAGGAUUACAGCAAGAUGCUUUGGGAGCAAACUUUGAGGAGCCAGUUUGAGGAGAAGGUUAAUAAUUUGGAGGAUGCCGAGACUUAUUAUUUGCUGAACACUUUCGCCAACAUGGCGCUGGCCAGGUCUGAUGACGACAUGGAGUUUAUACACACGGCAGCUAUGGACUUAUUACAGAUUGGCUUUAUAAACGAAUCCACCCAGGACACCUGCUCAAAAUCCUCGAAAAUCCUGCUCACCCACAUAACCUCAAAACACCCGCACCUCCUAUCAAACAUCCUCAAAAAAGUCAAAGAAAACAUGGAAACCAUAAAAGAACUGGCCCUCUAUCUCUACGAAGAACUGCCGCUGACGAUCUGGAAAAUCGAGGAGGUGGACCUCAAAACCCUCUCCAAACUACUGCUGAACAACCCCAUAACCUCUAACGAGAGCAAGCUGACGAGAAUGAUACUGUCCAGGUUGAACUGGGAUAACAUCCCGUACGAAACGCAUUGCGACGUUGCCGUGUUGGCGGUGCAGGCGGCGGACUUGGAGCCGGGGUACUUGCAGUGGGCGUGGCAGACCGUGCUGAGGCUCAAGUUGCACAUAAACGACAAGAAGUUCCAGGAGUUCGGCAGAGUCGAGGAUCUGGAGAAGUUCGACGUUUUGAGCAAAGGCGUCAGGGAACAGAAGCCUUUGGCGAGCUUCGUUGCCGUCUUGAUGACCUCUUGGGGCCACGCGGUGCCUCUGAUAUGCUCGAAAGGUUUGCCCCAGCUGACGUUUCUGCAGCACCACCAAAAGCACGAGGCCGUCUUGUUCGCUUUGUACGAAAUAAUGCCGCUGUUCAUCGACAGCCAGGAGUGCAUUAUAAACUGCGAGAAGUAUCAAGAGGUGCUGCAAAACCUGCUGAACGCCGAUAGGGGUUACAUUUCCAUGGCGAAGAGUUUGAUAGGGGUUCAGAGUACAGUUCUGCAACAGUUCGGCAACAUGAUUGAGACGCAGAUCGUCAACUACACUUACUACGACUUGGAAAGCCCGAGAGUCUUGGUUAGACUGUGGAUGAAUUCUUUGGUUUCCAUACCGAAUUGGAAUAGGGAUUUCGGUGUCAUAUACCUAUUGGAUGUUAUAGUAAAAACAGCUUUCUUUCAUAGAGACGCCCUUGAUGUGGCCUACAACAUUCUAAGGGAAUUAAUACAGUGUUCCACACCUCAAGAACAAUCGGGAACAAUAUCAUCACUCUUCAAAUGGGUAUCAAGUGCAAAUACAAAUGGUAGCCUUUUACUCAGUUCUCUAACAUCCUAUACCUACAUCGCUUACAUAAUGAUAGAGCUUGAACAUGUAGAACGCGAACAAAAAACCGGAUUGUGGAAAGAAUUACUGGUCCAAUUGAGCAAGCAGAAGGGAAAAAUUAACGUCGACCAAGCUAUAAAGACCCCGUGGUACGAAUACCUGGACUACGAGAAGUUAAAGAAAGAUCAGCAACUCUCGAUAAAAACUUGGCGCGUCUGCAACUUCCGGGAGAAAACAAACGUGAAUCAGCCCCUGCUCGGGCCGGGUAAAACGAUGGAAAGUGCCAACCCGGUCGAAAGAAUACUGCGCAGGCUGCAAUCGUACGACCCGCCGAAACCGCCGCCAGAGGUCGCGCAUAGCGCGCCUGUCAUCGCGCCCCUCAACUUUUCCUGCAAAGAGGACAUGAUCAAGAGUUUGGAGGUGGCUUUCAAGACCCUAAUACAGUUCUCACAUAAUCAUAUCAUGAAAAUAUCCGAACAUAAGGCUUUGGAUUGUUCCUAUCAGGAGUUGAUGCCGCAGUUGUAUAGGUCUGUUUUGAACAAAGUAAAGAAGAAGGUGCCGUGUAAGGGCAAAAAUCAAACAGUGCACUGUUCGGGAGCUGCAGUAGUCAUUUUGGAAAUGGAGGAGGCUAGAAUCAACGAUAGAAUUGACCAUCAAAUACAAUCGAACAGAAACGCUUACGAGUCUUUGUUAGCGAAAAGUCUGCAAGCCCCUGCUUUGGUGUUAUGUACCUCCUCUAUAACUCUACAACAAGCUAUAAGAAUAUUGCAGCAACAAAUUAGAUGUAACCCUGCUACCGCAGAGUUAGGAGUGGAACUAUUUUACUAUUUACUAUCUCUUAUGUCGGAGGAGAUUUUAAACUACCCCCCGACAAAAAACCUAUUAACAUCGUGCCUUGAAAGAUUGGGACAGUCGCAUAUUUGUAAUUCCGAACCGGAAAUGCCCAGGCUUCUGGAUAGAAUACUUAAAGAACCAAACCUAGGGGGUUACUUGGCGCCUCAUUUUUCCCCUAGUAAAGUUGGUACCAUAAAUUUACUGACGAUGUACUCCACUAUAUCGAAGGAGAUAGGGCAGAAGUAUGAUAUAGCUUUUGCGCUACUUUCCAAGUUUGAGGUGGAAACAUGGCUGACAACGAAAGAACCAAAAUUAAGUCACAGAUCUCAAUUUAUACAAACCGUGGUGAGAGCUUUAACGUCUCUUGGUUUUGACCCACCAGUCCAAUCCCUCAUGCUCCAUAACUUAUACAGAAAACAUUUGUUAACCGUUUUCAACUUCCAAUUUCCGGAGCACUACGGCGAAGUCAUCGUGCAGCUUCUAAAAGCUUCAAACGCAAAUGCUGAUACCAAUUUGCUGUCGGUUUCCGUUUGGUUGGACGUUUUAAAUUCCCUCGGUUACCCCGUGCAGUUCAAUUUGAAAGCUUCGCCCCGGGAGCAACUCAGACAGUACGCUCAGCACCAAAAGAUGCUGCAGCACCAAGAGCUGCUCGAAACUGCCGAGCUGCUGGCCAGGCAUUUCACCAAGGAGCGCUUCCAGUACGGUUUGUACGGGCUGUACCCCAAAUGCAGGAACUACAUGGACGUGUUCGUGCUCUACAUGGGCAUGACCGGUCACGGUCUGGUCAUAAGCACUCUGAACGUCCACCAAGGCAAGCUGGACGAUCAAUUGUGCGAAAAAAUAUGGCCCCUGCUCAGGGACAUGUUCGCCCCGUGGUUGGUACCCUAUUCGAUGCAAAAUCUCAAGGACAACAUGGCCUCCUGGAUACAGCAACUCGCCGACGAUAGGUCGGUUUUGUUGCCCUGGAUACCGGCCGAUGGGGGAUUCGCUCAGAAAGUUGUACAUGUAUUUUUCGAGUGCGUUCAGUUUAUCAUAUUGACUCUGCCGGCUUGCAAUAAUAUUUUAAGUUACCUGUGGCAAUGGUACGUUACUUCUUUUGCCCAUAAUUCUGUUAAGGAUCAUAUUUUGCACCCCAUUCAUCAGACGUUUCUGGGACUGCAUUGGCAUAAUUUUUGGCCUUCAGUUGUGGAUUUAGACUUUAUGCUUAGGGUGAUAGAUCAAUAUCUUCCAGAUUGCCAUUCGUUUUUAGGUCAUAUUUUUAUGUCGGUGAAUUGGCCGAACUGGUUGAAUAAUUUCGGUAAUUCCCCUCCUCAGAUAAAAAGCAGGGUUUACCAGUGUUUCAUGAACUUACUAGUCAAGUUAUGUAACGAACCAAAUGUUAGAAACAGAUAUUCAGAAAAGGCCAAAGCGUUGCUAGUACAAGCAGAAAACUUCGACUGGUCCUUUUUAGAACCGCAAAUUUUCCAACAUGUCUUGGAUUGGUACGUCAUGAGCUGUGAUUCUUCGGUGAUAUUUAAAAAUGAUCCUCUUAAUUUAGACUACAGGGUAUUGCACUUCCUAAAAACUGUAUCAGGCUGUAAUAGAUCGCUACCCAGUGACGGCAAAGAAGUUCUGAUCAAACGACUUAUAUUUAUCAGGACUUUCAUCAAAUUACUGUCGGUAUAUUCCUCUAAACAUAAAUCACACGUUCCUUCAAAAGAGUCGGAAAUAAGUAGCGUUAUAACGAGACAGUUGAAUGAAAUAGAAAUAAUCUCGACGUCACCUGAAGAUCAAAUCGAAAUUAUUUCCGAGAUGCUUCACAUUCUAAACAUUACGAACUUGAGUCAUAUCGGUAGCAAGGCUUUUAUGACAUGGAUUAAAAAUAAAUCCGGCGAUUCAAAUACAUUGGAAUGUCUUUUGAAAUCCGCUGGUGUGGCUGUGAAUGACUUGAAUACGCUCGGUGAUAUUUUGGAAACGUUAUUGACAAGUUAUUUUCAAAAUACAGCUGGCGAACCUUCUUGGAAAUAUAUUGGAGAAAAUAUCAACAUUCUACCUUCAAAGUUAUCAGAAUUGGAGCAGUUAUUGCUUGAAAAAGGGUGCAUUCUAUCUUUGAAUGCGAUUUUGGUACAAAGAAUGGCAAAAUAUAAUGAUGCAGAGGCGUUACUUAAUACUACAUUAAACUGGCUAAUGAAUAUAAAAAUCAGUGAAGAUACGGAAUCUAAAAUACCACUUCUGUGGUGCGCCGUUCUACAAUUAUCACUAAAAAACUGCGGGAAGGAUGAACCGUCCACAGCGGCCAUUUUAUGCCAGUUUUGCCAAAUUCUAACCGAACUAGCAGAAGAUAAGGGGAGCUUGGGAUGGGGCAGAGGCUUACUCAGCAAAAUAGGAAUAAGCAAACAAGGCGUCUCGCUAAAUUUUAGAUUCUUGUGCAGAGCCUUGGCGGGUUAUAUCUUGGCUCAGCUUCCCGACAUGAAGGGGGAACCCAGGAUGGUUCGUCACCAGGAAAACGCCCCCUUUAAGGUUGGCCAACCUGGUGGCAACACUGAUUGCGUCAAGUUGCUACUGUCCUUGGAUUUCGGGCAAUCGCAAGGACAAAUAAAGGAAUGCGCGGAGCUAGCACUGAAACAAAUUCAGGAUCCCUUGAAUUCUAUGCAUAAUGCGAAGAAGUUUUUGUUUUUGCUUGUCAAGCAAUUUUAUCUAAAGUCGUAUUUGAGAGAUAUUGGGUAGAUAGGUAACUAUACCUAGACAUGGGGUUUUAUAUUAUAUUGGACAAAUACAUGUGAUUAUAAUAUAAGUUAAAAAUAUGUUUUUAUAUAAUGUUUGUUUGUAUUAAUAAAACAAAUAAAUAAGUGAUUAUUAAAUAAUUAAUUUUAUUAAAUAACCUAAUAACAAUAUCAAAAUUUAAAUCGUUUCUUGGAAUUUUCAAGGUGUCGUCCCAGAUUAGCAAAUAAAUAAUUUACCUAAAAACACUUAUGUAGAGUAAACAGAAUUCCAAACAACAAAAACAUUAUCAUAAUUCCAAUAACACCAAAAUGUAAUAUUUUCAACAACUUAAAUCUUUUCCUGGAGUUUUCAAGGGGUUCAGUAUCCUUAAGUAAAUAUUGCUUAGCCCCCCUAUGAAAAUAGUAAGCAUAAUCGUCCCAGUUUAUAGAUCCCAUGUUAAAAUUAAAUAUCCGUUUUUCUGUGACUGAUAAUUUUUGGUGUAAAUUUCGGAAGUUUUUGUUUUCGAAGUUCCAUUCUCUGUUUAGAAAGUACGGGAACAUGUUUCUUAUCGGUUCCAUUGCCUUGUAUGUACUGUACAAUCUAAAAUAUAACUGUUUUAAAUUUGUUGUGAGAAAUUUAAGAUAUUACAUUGUUUCCUUUCCCAGGAAAUAUAAAAUGUAGUCCACAGUAUAGUAGGGUAUAUGGUGCAACAAAAAAUCCAAAAAUAAGUAUAAAUUUCUACUUUUUACUGGCAAUAGAAAUGGAUACCAAAAUUGUUUUGAAGUGGGGCAUUUGGAAUUUUCCAAAAUAGUACCUUC